AUGGCGGCCGUCCGGGGCCUGCGAGUGUCGGUGAAGGCUGAGGCCUCGGCGGGGCUGGCCUUGGGGCUCCCGUCGCCUGAGGCGGAGUCCGGUUUGGAGCGUGGCGAGCCGGAGCCCAUGGAGGUGGAGGAGGGCGAGCUGGAGAUGGUGCCGGUGCGGCGCUCGCUGAAAGAACUGAUCCCGGACACAAGCAGAAGAUAUGAAAACAAGGCUGGCAGUUUCAUCACUGGGAUUGAUGUCACCUCCAAGGAAGCAAUUGAAAAGAAAGAACAAAGAGCCAAGCGCUUCCAUUUGCGAUCAGAAGUAAAUCUCGCCCAAAGAAAUAUCGCCUUGGACCGAGACAUGAUGAAGAAAGCAAUCCCCAAAGUGAGACUGGAGACAAUCUACAUUUGCGGAGUAGACGAGAUGAGUACCCAGGAUAUCUUUUCCUAUUUUAAAGAGUAUCCUCCGGCUCACAUUGAAUGGUUGGAUGAUACCUCGUGUAAUGUGGUUUGGCUGGAUGAAAUGACAGCCACACGAGCCCUUAUCAAUAUGAGCUCUCUGCCAGACCUGGAUAAGAUAAAAAGCAAGGAUGCCAAUGAGGACAAGUCAUCUGAGAAAAGCAAAAAAGACAAGCAGGAAGACAGUUCAGAUGAUGAGGCUGAAGAAGGAGAAGUUGAAGAUGAAAACUCAAGUGAUGUAGAGUUGGAAACAUUAUCUCAGGUAGAAGAAGAGUCUCUGCUAAGAAACGAUCUUCGUCCAGCUAAUAAACUUGCUAAAGGAAAUAAGUUGUUCAUGAGAUUUGCUACAAAAGAUGACAAAAAAGAACUUGGAGCAGCCAGAAGAAGUCAGUAUUACAUGAAAUAUGGGAAUCCAAAUUACGGAGGCAUGAAAGGAAUUCUUAGUAAUUCUUGGAAGCGAAGAUAUCAUUCCCGUCGCAUUCAGCGGGAUGUGAUCAAGAAGAGAGCCAUGAUUGGGGAUGAUGUUGGCUUGACGUCCUAUAAACAUCGACAUUCCGGACUGGUGAAUGUUCCUGAGGAGCCCAUUGAAGAAGAGGAAGAGGAGGAGGAGGAGGAGGACCAGGACAUGGACGCCGACGACAGGGUGGUAGUGGAGUACCAUGAGGAGCUCCCGGCUCUCAAGCAGACCCGGGAGCGGAGCUCAUCCAGGAGGUCCAGUGCUAGCAGCUCAGACUCCGAUGAAAUGGACUAUGAUCUAGAACUGAAAAUGAUUUCCACUCCUUCACCAAAGAAAAGCAUGAAAAUGACUAUGUACGCCGAUGAAGUGGAAUCUCAGUUGAAAAAUAUUAGAAACUCCAUGAGAUCAGAUACUACAUCAGCAAGCAAUAUCAAACACCGAAUCGGUAACAAAUUGCCACCUGAGAAAUUUGCAGACGUCCGACAUUUAUUAGAUGAAAAACGUCAGCACACACGCCCACGGCCAUCAGGCAGCAGCAGCACUAAAUCAGAUAUUCGCCAGCGGUUGGGAAAAAGACCACAUUCUCCAGAAAAGGCCUGUAGCCCCGCUGUCCGGAGAGAGCCCUUUUCCGAUGUGCACAGUCGGCUCGGUGUUCCCAGGCAGGACAUUAAAGGCCUGUAUUCGGACACCCGGGAGAAGAAGUCAGGUAGCUUAUGGACUCGCUUAGGAUCUGCAUCCAAGACCAAAGAAAAGAACACGAAGAAAGUGGAUCAUAGGGCUCCCGGCGCUGAGGAAGAUGACUCGGAGCUGCAAAGGGCGUGGGGGGCUCUGAUUAAGGAGAAAGAACAGUCUCGCCAAAAGAAGAGCCGCUGUUACCAGCACCCUUUUCCCAAGAAAAGUCAAUUCCCAGGUGCUUAUUGGACAGCCUUCGAGGGGGAAGAUGAGGGAAGCGGCCAGCUCACUCUUCCAGGACCCUAG